UAAUUUUUGUAGGCAUUCAUACAGCAGGGGGCCAGAGAUGCUUCCCAGGAGAUUUAAAACUUGUGACAUCCAGAUAGGCAUAUUCUUCUGCAUCUAUGUGGCCUGGCAUUUAUUACACCUGCCAAAAGGGUCAGAUUAUGAUCAGAUAUGUUGAGGACAAGAUUAUCUUCAAACAGUGGUGCAUAAGAUUUCUAUUGAUGCUGUAUCGCUGCUCCUCAUGCAUGCUGCCAUGCUCUGGGUAUUUGGCAGAUCAUGGAUUUUCAGCAAGACCAGCAAGAUGCUUCAAAUGAAUUAUAUGGCUGUGGUUUUAAUGGCUUGCACCAGCUUGAUAGCUCAGAUGACGGAUACAAAACAUCAUGGGUUAGAAUAGCUUGUGGAGUUGACAGCAAGUCCAGUUUUGCUGUAUGUUGGGACUCAGUGUAUGUCUAUCAUACACAAGCUCUCGGCGGCGGAGGACCGCCUGUUGGCACUGUACCGAGACGGCUCGGUGCUGCUCUUCAGCAAGAGCUGGCGCCGCCUGUGUCUGCAGUCCUCGGGCCAGGAGAAGUCUGGCCGCGCCUCUCACGUGAGCGUCGGCCGACAGACGCUGGCAGCGUGCGACUCCGAUGGCCACCUGUUGAGUCUGGACGCCGUGCCCACGCCCGCCGGCGAGCACGUGGUGCUGGUCUCGUGCGGCCGCGAGCACGUGGUGCUGCUGACCCGCUCUGGGCGCGUGUACACGUACGGCUGCGGCAGCCGGGGACAGCUGGGCUCGGGCGGCCUGGACGCGGCCGAGACGCCGCAGCUGGUCCAAGCUCUUGACGGGCUGCCCAUCCAACAGGUGGCCGCUGGCGGCUGGCACACCGCAGCCGUCUCCACCUCUGGGGACGUCUACACCUGGGGCUGGAACGAGUCCAACCAGCUGGGCCUGGGCGACGACGUCAAUGUGGCGCCCGAGCCGACGCUGGUAGAGGCGCUGCCUGUUGACAAAAACGUGCGCCAGGUGGCGUGCGGCACACGCCACACCCUGGCCCUACUCGACGACGGCGCCGUACUCGGCUGGGGCUGGAACGCCUACGGCCAGCUGGCGGGGCCGCGGCGGGCGCGGGCGUCGUAG